AUGAGCUCGCUACGGACGGGAAAUUUCGGCUGGCUCGCGCUGGCAGCUUUCGCUUUGUGCGCCGCACAGUCUUGCACCAAUAACGACGACCAAUCCGGUAAAUUUAUAGAAUGUUUUCUUAUUUUAUUGAAAUGUUUCUCAAUUCAAUGCCAGAAUACAAUCUACAGUUGCUCUAGUUUAUCUUGCUUGAAAAAUAACUCCCUCUUUGACAGGGAUGGAGUUCUAAUAGACGCGAAGACCUAUGGUUCGUGGAGGGAAGUCUGCGGGGAACUCUAUCUCUUUGGAAAAUCGAUUGUCACUUGGGAGGAAAACGUGAAAAGGUGCUGCAGCAUUGGAAUGAAACCAAUAGCGUUCGAAACCGUUGACCAAUUUAAUUGCCUUAAAAAGCUAACCACGCAGGAAGUGUGGAUGUACAGUUCCAACUACUGGACAGCCGCUCGUCAAGUGUGGCUCAAUGAUUUAUUUCAGUGGUGUAUGUACAGCCCACCUGACACCUUCGCCAACCUCACCUCGAUGUGGGCAGAAGGAUUUCCAGAAAACUCAGCUGACAAGCUUUGUGUCCACCUGUCUUUCCCGAAAACCGAGCUUACCGAGAGGAGAUGUGACAUUAAAUUCGUUUUCUCGUGCAAGGGUGUCCCAACCCCUGCUCCGCGAUGCUUUACUCCAACCUGCCCAAGAGAUGCGUGGCCUAAUCAGUACGGACUUUGGAAGAGCAUGAAUUACCGCAUGUACAUGUUCAGCAAAGAAAGUAAAACGUGGAAUGAAGCGGGAAAGACUUGUUGCUCAAUUGGAAUGAAGCUCUUGAGUCUGGACGCAGAUUAUAAAUAUUCUGUCCUAUCUCAAGUGUUAGGUGGAGAUAGCGCUUCUCUCUCCGCGAAAUAUUGGACGUCUGGCACAGACAACGGCUGUCCCGGAGCAUUUGGCUGGUGCGCCUCCAACAGACUGGUCAGAGCGCCGAUUUGGGCUCCAGGCGAGCCUCGGAUCGGCAAUAAUUAUUGCGUAAUUGCUGACGUCACAAGUUCAAGGACCUUGCUGAUGACAUCGGAUUGUGGUGCGGCUCUGCGAUUCGUUUGCGAAACGAGGGACACGGUUAACUCCACGAAUGCUGGAGAUGCAAUUAAGGACGAGUGUGCCUCCAAUUUCAACGUUUCUAUCGCCGAGCAGGACAACAUAUUCAAUAGCACUUCCUUCGAUGCCAGGAUAAAGUGUUUCUUGAGAUGCUUGGGAGAAAAUGGAGGGAUUGUUCUCAAUGGCCGCAUGGUAGAUGAGCAACUAAUUAAAUUGGCUGAACUCUCGUCACAAAAUAACGAGUGGAAAUUGAUUAAGAAUUUGGAAACUGUGGACGAAUGCUCCAAUUUAAAGGGAAUGGAUGAGUGCGACACGAUUGCCAGCGUGUUCCAGUGCGGACAGGAAAAAGCACCGGAUUUAGUUGCGAACGUGAUCAAAGCGGUGGAGCUGAACAGCACAGGAGAAAUGUCACCGCUGCAACCGAUUUUGGGUAUAUGCAUUACUGAUUUUGAGUGCAUUGCAGAUCCGACUUUGAGCUUGUCCUCAAGAUUUUCCGUCAAAAGAACCUCAAGUCAGGACAAGGUUAGCACAGAAGCAGCAACAACUGAAGACGCUGCUACCGAGGCUAUGCUAGAGAUAACAAACAAAGGCAAUUCAGCUACCCUAGAGUCGCAAACAGAGCGGAACGGAUUUAUUGAGGGACCAAACGAUAACUUCUACAGUAAAUACUAUUACACAGACGACGACAAGCUCGACCGUUCUUCCAACCGACUACAUCUCAACCUCAACGGAGAAGAUUUUGACAAGCACUGA